UUUUGCGUCGCUUUAAACUGAAUUUGUCGCUGAUAUUUCGCUGCUUGAGCAGCGCGAGGAUGAGCGUAAGUCUGGGGUCGAGUUCCCAUAACAUGAAGUAAGAUUUGAAGCCAGUCAGUCAAGCCGUAGUGUGGGAGCAGUCCUGCGAGAUUUGUGUGAGGGGCGCUCGUCUAGGGCAGAUAAGGUUCAAGCCGGUCGGAGUUGUUGCCAACAUUUAGUCCAAAGUCUUCGCGCAGCGAGGCUGGAGGAGCGACAGGAGGACAGAACAGUGGAGUUUGCUCUGUCUCCUCAAUGGCUUCAGCUUGGCAGAGAAUUGAGUCCCUGCACCACUGGAUUCUGGACAAUGGAGAUAAGCGGACUGACCCCUGGCUCCUCGUGUACUCCCCUGUACCUGUACUUUGUAUUUUUCUCUGCUAUCUUGGUGUCAUUUGGAUCGGCCCUAAACUCAUGAAGAACAGGGAACCGGUGGACCUCAGACUCAUCCUGAUAGUUUAUAACUUUGCCAUGGUUUGCUUAUCUGUCUACAUGUUCCAUGAGUUUUUAGUGACAUCCUGGCUGUCAAACUACAGCUACCUCUGUCAGCCCGUUGACUACAGCACCAGCCCGCUGGCUUUGAGGAUGGCCAGUGUGUGCUGGUGGUUCUUCUUCUCCAAGGUCAUCGAGCUCAGUGACACAGUCUUUUUCAUUUUGCGGAAAAAGAACAACCAGCUGACCUUCCUGCACGUGUACCACCACGGCACUAUGAUCUUCAACUGGUGGGCUGGAGUCAAAUACGUAGCGGGGGGCCAGUCGUUCUUCAUCGGCCUGCUGAACACCUUCGUUCACAUCGUGAUGUAUUCGUAUUAUGGGCUGGCGGCCCUGGGGCCUCAUGUGCAGAAGUAUCUGUGGUGGAAGCGCUACCUCACCUCCCUGCAGCUGCUUCAGUUCGUCCUCCUGACCACGCACACCGGCUACAACCUGUUCACAGAGUGCGACUUCCCCGACUCCAUGAACGCGGUGGUGUUUGCCUACUGCGUCAGCCUCAUCCUGCUCUUCAGCAACUUCUACUACCAGAGCUACAUCCGCAGGAAGAGCAAGCGCUCCUAACAGAGCGGGACUCGUCCUGAACUGACCGCUGCGUACUUGAGCAAACAUCCAAAGAGUUGCAUCAGAGGUGCCACAGUUAAAGCAAUAGUUGAGUGAAAAAUCACAGCCCCACCACCACACACAGACCCAGAAAGAAGGUCCGGCUUGCUGUUCAGGUCUCAAAUGUAAAAUCAACAUCAUGCUGAUGAAGAUGUGAUGACUAUAGUAGGUAAUUCACUCACAUCCUUGGAAGACGCUCCUUCACUAAGUUUAGACUGAGUUUUUUUGGGAUUCUCUGUCAAUCAUCAGUUUCAUCCACUCGGGGAAGGGGGCUGAGCCAGAGAACUUGUAGAGAGGAGAAUUCCCGCUCUGCAGUCUCUUCCAGGUUUCUCGAACGCUAGAGGGCGCUCCCGAGCGAGUCCAAAAUGAGCGGGUUGAUAUGGAGCGUUUGAGCAAAAUCACAGUUUAUAAACGCUGAAACAUUUUUACUGUAAAAGAACGCACUCAUGUCCUGAACACAGAGCGGCAUGAAACACUUUAACACCGCUGUUAUAUUUAAAGAGCUUUUAAACUCGAGUUAUAGGAUCGUAAAACAGCGCCUCAUGUGUGUCCAUGACGUCAGUGAGCGCGUUUUUAGCCAUUGAGCUCCAUUCACUCCCAUUCAUUGCGGACUCCCUCGUGGGCGCCCCCUGCUGUUUAUGAUAUAACGGGGAGAAUAGGAAGUGGCCAGGCUCCCCAUAAACCGGCUCUGGUCGAAGCACAACCCAUGCCACAAAGUGUUCUUCCACACAUUGAGUGCAAUUACGCCUUUCCGCCAGAGGGGUCUCCAAAUCCCCAUAACACACAAAGUGCAGCUUUAAGUUAGAACAUUUUUACAGUGUACGUGCCACAAGCUUACUGACUGAAGGAUUCCCACUGUGAGCACUCACUUUAACCAUCUGAUGAUUCACAUGAGAUUCAGGGUUGUUCCAUUUGCUGUGGUCUCACGGCAUGAAUAUAAAUCUGUCUUUAUGGCACUGACACACACACACACACACACACACACAUUUUCUAAGCCGCUUCUCCCUCAGGGUCAUGGCAAACACUUAUCCAUUUAUCUGGACCCCCAGCCUGACCAAUACAGCCUCUGAAAUUAAAUCUGGCAGACAUACACAUGGGCUACAAAAUAGAUACCAAGCAUGAGCUCAUAUCAGCUAAACGGAGCUCAUUCAGUCUUGCAUUCCUGCCCCACUUGCGUGUGGGUCAUUCUACAGCAACGUCCACUUUUCUAUCUACUCCUAGGUGUCACUGGUGUUACCGAUCCUCAUCGGUGUUGCACAUAAUAAAGCUCACAUUUUUAAUGAAAAAAUGCAUUUUACAAAAUAACAGCUACAGAGCAUCAAACCAAACGCCGUCAAUCGUAGAACAUCCACUAAAUUGUGGAAUUUCAUCCAUUUGAGUUCUAUUUUUCACAGAUUCCUCAGAAUAAAGUCGGUCACACCAGUGACUCCGGAUAAAGGCUUCAUAUGAGAUCCUGAGCUGAAUGAGAAGAUCUCUGAGAACUGAGAGACGCAGCAGACUCACCAUGAGCUUUUCUCCAUAGAUCCUCAGAAAACAGGUCUAAGGAAGUUGGGUGACGCCAUCGGCGUGACUUUUAUUUAAAAAAUAAGAGGUAAACACCAGUGACACGACUCCUGGGGAACUUUUAUUCUAUAUUUUAUAACAUUUAUUUGGCAUUUGUGUUCUUUACGCCACUUAAUUGAUAUAUUUCAGAGUCCUGUGUGGAUUAUUGUAGUUAAAAUUGUAGAAAAAUGUUUUUUGGCUCAAAAUACGGCCUCAGCCUUCACACAUGACUGUGGGGACGAGCUCUUCUGUGGUGCUUGGAGUUCUAGAUAACUGAUUUAUAAACCAGUGUUGCUAAACUGAGGCUCAAGAAGGUCUAACUGUUAAAAGAACACAUUAUUUUAUUAUAAAAUAUAAAUACACUGUAAUCCUAACGUGUUAUUCAGGUGUAAUAUAUCUGUAAGGACACGAAAGUGGACGCUGCUGUAAAAUGACCCUUAUGGGUUUCAGGCGUCACUCAGAGCUACAGCAAACCAAAGACAAAGCUGCACUGUUCAUUGCAUAUUUCAGACCUCAGGGUGCAAUUUGUAAACUUUUUUUAGGAUGGUUUUAUGCUUGAAUAAAUAAACGGUCACUAGAGGGCGCUGUGCAGCUUUGCUUUCACCACCCCCUGUUUUGACCGUUCUCAUGUCAGGCUCACAGAACCUGCUUUUGCAGCUGAAUGAGAGGAAGAGAAGAGAUUUCAGGCUGAACCUUAGAAAAAUGAAUAAGCCUUCUGUUAACGGUCUGUAGUUUUGGGGAGGAGGUUGAGAGCGACUCACGUUUCUGUUAUGGCUGUUUUUAUUGCUUUGUUACCUCGGAAGCCAAACCUUCAUUUGUAGGUCUGAAUCUGGUCAGUCUGUCUUUUGUCCAUUACACACCUAUAAAACCUAAACUCAGUCAUUUGACCAGGUUUAUUAAUAGAUAAAGAGAUUCAGUGCGGGUGAUGUUUGUUUCAUGUCCAGUCUGCCGAGCGUAGCGUGGUCAUAAGCGGGGAUUUUCAUUGUACUUUGAAUGUGUGAAUGCAUGUCGCUGUUGUUGGAACAAAACCUCAUAUCUCCAUUUUUUUUGUUGAUUUUCAGUUUUUGACCUAGUUUGAAGAGGCAGGUUGGCCUUUACAUUGUGUGUAAAUCUCAUGAAGGAUGGACCUAAAUAAACGGCCAAAAAUGUCUUAGAAAAACGUCUGUUUCCAUUGACUUACAUUGAAAGUAAUUAAGGUUUUUUCCUUCUCCUGUAAAGUUCCCAUUCUGGAAAUACGAGGUUUUGUUCUGACAACAGUGAUAAGUAAUGGCAGUUGAAUUAAAGACUAGAAUUCACUUCAGUUCCUCACUGUCAUAACUACAGAACUUAUGCGUUAGUUUUUAUAGUAGAUGAUGAAUAAUUUAUAGUAGACUUCUAAUUAUUUAUAGUCACCUAACUGCAUAUUUCACAGAAAUGACUGAAUAAUUCAUAAUAUGUUCUGAAUAAUUCAUCGGCCUAGUAACUGAAUAAUAUGCCUAUAACAUUUAAGGGAGAAUGAGCUGAAUCAAGUGUGUUUGAGUAUCUUGCAUGUUCAUUUUAGUAGGUAGGUACUGGAUAUUCAGUUUUAAGGUGCUUGAUACCAAACAUGUCUUGGCUGAUGGGCUACAUCUGGGUUAUGGCAGAUUAGGAUGGGGUGAAAUGUGUGGAUUAGAUAUUUGGCCAAGCUAUUAGUGAAUAUAAAGCCUGGAAAACAGGACAAUGUUCUCGAUUUGAUUCUGGGAAAUCCGAUUUAGCGGUCAACAGCAUUUUGUAGGACCUUGCACACGAUUUUGCAGCUCUUGUCUUUUAGAGUCUGGAGAGCUGAGAAGAGAACCCUCAGAAAAACCAGCUGUUAGUGCUGCGUUAAAGAAAACAGCCGCGUACAGACGGCUGUGCUAGUUCUCUCGUUUACAGGUCAGUGUGAGGUUUUAUACUGUUUGCAAUAAAUACUGUUCCUUCAGUG